AUGCUGUACUACCUCUUUACAUAUCUCGAUCAAACUUAUGACCUGCCUGGUGCCGGAGUAUUCCAGUUCAUCACCUUCCGGGCGGCCAUGUCCAUUAUAUUCUCCCUCAUCAUCUGUAUGGUAUUUGGUAAAUCCAUCAUUCGCUAUUUGCACGCCAAACAGGUAGGUGAGACCAUUCGUGACCUUGGAUUAGAAGGUCAGGCGCAGAAAGCCGGAACCCCCACCAUGGGAGGUUUGAUGAUCCUUUCCGGGAUAUUGAUACCGGUAUUGCUUUUCGCCAAGCUGGAAAAUAUUUACAUCAUCCUUCUGAUCAUCACCACCAUCUGGACAGGAAUGAUCGGUUUUGUAGACGAUUACAUCAAAGUGUUUAAAAAGAAUAAGGAAGGUCUGGCCGGAAAAUUCAAAAUAGCCGGGCAAGUGGGUUUAGGGGUUAUCGUAGGCACCAUCCUGUAUUUCCACCCUGAUGUAACCAUAAAAGAACGCAUUACCAAUGAAGCACAACUGGAAGAGAUGCAGGUGGAACGCAACGCUCGUUUACCCAUAUACGGUGAAGCUGAAAAGUCUACCACUACCACCAUACCCUUCUUCAAGAACAAUGAGUUUGAUUACUCCAUGUUAUUGAAAUGGAUAGGCCCUGAUUACCGGGACUGGGCGUGGGUCAUCUUUAUCCCCUUUGUUAUCUUUAUUAUAACCGCAGUAUCCAACGGAGCCAAUCUCACGGAUGGCAUCGAUGGUUUAGCCACUGGCACUUCAGCUAUUAUCGGCAUUACACUGGGCAUAUUUGCUUACGUAUCCGGUAGUAUCAUUUUCGCAGACUACCUCAACAUUAUGUACAUCCCCAACACCGGUGAACUGGUGGUGUUUAUUGCCGCUUUUGUGGGGGCUUGUGUGGGUUUCCUGUGGUACAACGCCUACCCCGCCCAGGUUUUUAUGGGCGACACCGGGAGUCUCAGCCUUGGAGGUAUAAUAGCGGUGUUUGCCAUUGCCAUUCGCAAAGAACUGCUCAUCCCCAUUGUAUGUGGUGUAUUUGUAGUGGAGAAUCUUUCUGUGAUCAUGCAGGUGAGUUAUUUCAAGUACACCAAAAAGAAAUUCGGGCAAGGCAGGCGCAUUUUCAAAAUGUCACCCCUGCACCACCACUACCAGAAGCUGGGUUUUAACGAGAGUAAGAUUGUGACCCGUGGUGGCGAAAGCGGCUAUGGUGCUGCUUUGCUGGCUAAGCGAAAUGGAUACUCUGUUUUCCUGUCGGAUGGUGGUGCUUUAAAAGACAAAUACAAACACCGCCUGCAAGAGGAAGCCAUUGAUUUUGAGGAAGGCGGUCAUACUGACGAUCACAUCUUCAAAGCCGGCCUGGUGAUCAAAAGCCCUGGUAUUCCGGAAAAGGCGACCAUAGUAAAAAGCCUGCGCAGCAAGAAUAUUCCUAUUAUAUCAGAAGUGGAAUGGGCUUACCGCUUUUGUAAGGGUAAAGUGGUAGCCAUUACCGGCAGUAAUGGAAAAACCACCACCACCAUGCUUACCAAUCAUAUCCUGAAAAAGGCUAAGCUGGAUGUAGCCAUGGUAGGUAAUAUUGGCGACAGUUUUGCCGCUUCCGUUGCGGAAAAAGAUCACGAUUACUACGUACUUGAAGUGAGUAGCUUCCAGCUGGAUGACAUCACCUCCUUUAAACCGCACAUUGCCAUAUUGACCAACAUCACGCCUGAUCAUCUGGAUCGCUAUGAGUACAAAAUGGAAAACUACGCCCAAAGCAAGUUUGCCAUUGGCCGCUACCAGGGGAAGGACGAUUACUUCAUAUACAAUACCGAUGGCAAACACAACGCCUACAACAGUAUGGCUGCCGGUCUGGCCGGAAAACUACUGGGCAUUCGCAAGGAAGUGAUCCGUGAAAGCCUGGGUCAUACGGUAUCAAACGCUACCCGGUGGAUCCGUAUCCCUUUCCUGGGCUGGACCUUUCAAACUUCGGCCUUUGCCAGCGUAGUACUGAUGAUCUACAUCUCGCGCUACCUCGCCAAAACCGCUUCGGAAAAGAUCAAAAGUUUCAAGCAAUCUUUUGUGCCUUUGCUUCUACCCAUUUUUGCGGUUUGCGCGCUCAUACUUCCGUCCAACUUUAGUACCGCUGCCCUGGUCUUUGGCAUCAGCAUGGUGGUUCUUUUUAUCGGUGGGUAUCCCAUUAAAAACCUCCUUUACAUUGUUGGUGGCGGAAUUGCUGCCCUCGGACUUUUCAUACUGCUUACCCUGGCCUUCCCCGGUAUGGAUAACCGGGUAGCUACCUGGCAAAAACGGAUCGAGAAUUACAGCAGUGGCGAUAAAAACGAAAAUUACCAGGUGCACAAAGCCAAAAUGGCCAUUGCAGAAGGCGUACUGGUCGUUUUCUUUUACGUCCUUUUUAUGAUACGCAUCCUCAUUAUCGCCACAAAAGAAACCUAUGCCAUAGCAGACGCUGUGAUCAGCCGGGCCGGAGCCGGCACACUCUCAGAACUGGCAGUCCUUCAGAAAGCGACAUUACUGAUCCCUUCACCCAAUGUGGCAGAAGAUCAUCAAACUAAAAACGCCAUGGCGCUGGUAGAAAAAGAGGCCGCGCUAAUAUUUCGCGAAACGGAUCCCGAAAAAGAAUUUCGGAAGAAGUUGAAGCAACUCAUGGAUGACAGUAUGGCCAUUCAUUACGAAGAUGAUACGGAACAAAUCCCACAGAUUUUCCGGAAGAAGGCCAAAACCACCGUUAUUUACACCCCUGCAAUUCCCGAAGAACAUACCGAGCUGCAAUUUUUCCGUAAAAAGGACUUUGCCCUGAUCAAACGGGCAGGCGGCUAUCACUUUGUAAAUCAGGAAGAGGUAGAGGCCUGGAUACUGGAUGAAUACCCCUUUUUUGACAGAGCAGCUUUUUACAUUGAUGAACAGGGUGACAGUAUGGCCCUUUCACCACGCUUCUCAGUAAAGGUUCCACUGGUUACCGGAACCACCAAGAUCGUUGCCAUGAUUGGCCGUAAGAAUGAGUACGGCAAAUUGGAGAUCCAGGGUAUGGGAAAAGCUAAAUCACUGGGUGUACACCGGGGCGUGGUCACCAACAUUACUCAAACCAUAGAGAGUAUUAAGCUGGCUAUUGAAGAAGCCGAAAAUGAGUCAGGCCUCUCCAUUAAGAGCGUGGUGGUGGGUAUUGCCGGUCAGCAUAUCCGAAGCUUACAACAUAGUGAUUAUAUCAUCCGUCAGAAUUCGGACGAUGUGAUUGAGGAUAAAGACAUUGACAACCUCAUCCAGAACGUACACAACCUGGUGAUGCUGCCUGGUGAGGAGAUCAUCCAUGUGCUCCCACAGGAAUAUAAAGUAGAAGAAAAAGAAGCCGGUGUGGUAUUGGUGGAUAUUGGUGGCGGAACCACGGAUGUAGCCAUCUUUAAGGUAUACCUGGAAAUUAAGAAUUAUGGCUACGAUGAAAAUAAGAAGAAAUUAAUUGCCGGGAUUGUGCUUACCGGUGGCGGCAGUCAGCUGAAGCAUAUUAAGCAGUUGGUAGAGUUUGUAACCGGUAUGGAUACUCGAAUUGGAUUUCCCAACGAGCAUUUGGCCAGUGAGAGCGAUGAUGAAUUCAGUUCACCGGUUUACGCUACCGCAGUGGGGCUGGUACUGAAAGGGGUCAAUAAGAAUCAUACCGAUGAAAUAGCUGUGAUUGACCCUAACAACGCCAACCCUCAAACCUACAAACAGGAAAAGAACCCCGAACCGCAGCCUCCUGAAAACGAGGUACAGAAACCGGAGGAUGAUAUUACCGAACAGACUAGUGACAACUCUGAAGACAACGAACCGGAAGAGAUCACGAUUGAUGAAAUCGGUGAAAUCAAUGACCAUAUUCAGAUAGAAGCCGGAGGCAGUGCCAAUAUUAUUAUGGGUAUUGGUGAAGAUGAAUCUUUAGGAAAAGACAUAGCCGUAACCAUUGUGGCCACGGGAUUUGCCGCAGAUCAGCAAGUGCAGGUCAUUGGUGGUGAGCCUCAAAAGGUAGUGCAUACCCUGGAGGAUGAACAGGCCGUAAGCACCUCUGUAUACAACAAGCCCAUUCAGCAUGAUACAGAUGAUGAAGAUGAUAUCAUCAGCUCUGAACUGGCAAAAAGUGCAAAAGAAGAAAAUAAAAAAAAGGAACAGGUAAAUCUCUUUGAUUUUGAAACUGAAGACCCCUUUGAAGCUGAGAUUUAUCCCGAUAAGCCCCAGGAAGACCUUCAUGCCUCAGAUGUUGAAGAAGAGAUAAUGCUGGAAGAAACCACCCGUUUUGAGUUGGAGGAAGAUAUUCCCACUGAAGCAGAGUCAGCUGCCCCUGAAGCAGAAACCCCGCAAGAGGAAACUGCAGAAGAGAUGGAACCGGUUUUCUCUAUUGGUGAUACAGAGGAAGAAAAGGCUCCUGAAGCAGAGUUUGAAAUGGAAGAACCGGAAGAGGAAAUCAUACCUCAGCAGCCCGAGGCUGAAACCAAAACAGAAGAGCCCGUUUCUAAAAAGCAACCGCAGCAACAGCCUGAAGAAACCAUUCGCUAUUCAUUGGAAGACUACCUCCACCUGGAGCAACAUCUGAAAUCUGCGGGAAGCAAACGUGAAGAGGAAAAGCCAAAAGCCGAUAAACCCAAACCGGAAGAGGUUGAGGAUGAGGACCUGCGUUUUGAAAUAAAACAAGUUUCAGCCUCAUCAAAACAAGAUCACAACCCAAGGCCAUCCGGCAAUGUCUCGCCUGUAGACAGCCCGAUUGAGGAAGGCAUGCGCCUUAAAGCAGACGAGCGAAGAGCUAAGCUAAAAGCUUUCAACUAUCGGUUUAAGAAUCAUCCUUUUUCUGUUGACGACACCGACAAUGAACCCGCCUACAAGAGGCAGGGCGUAAAUAUUGAAAAUGAAAAAUACAGUAAAGAAGGACGCAUAAGCCGGUUUAGUAUUGAUGAUAGUGAGGACGGCAGCCAGAUCAAGACCAACAACAGCUUUUUACAUGAUAACGUAGAUUAA